UAUUUUGUGUGUUUAAAGCAGAACUGGUUAAUCUGCUAGGUAGUGCACAUCCUCGGGUUUUCCUGCUCCUGUAAGCCGGGCUUCGGCGGCUCCUCCCCGGGGAGGACCUGCGGCCUGUUCCGGUUAGCAGAGCAGAGAGCUGAUGGAGUCAGUAGUACAGGCUUCAUCAUGGCACCGCUCAUCAGAACACGACAGACCGAGAAAAUGAUCAAUGGGAUCUCGACUCAGGUCGUUUGCACGGAAUUCAGUAACUACAUCUUCAUCGUGCUUACACAGUAUGGGAAGAUUGGGACGCUGGUAUCUGUAACACCUGACUCGAGAUCCAGCGACAUCAGCACAACCAUGCUCACGACGAAAGUGCUGCUCGGAAAAGAUGAGGCUCUUACGCACGUCUAUGCAAAAAACGUUGCAGCAUUUGUUUGCCAGGAAGCAGGAAAUCGACCUGUCCUUUUGGGGCUUGCACUUAAAGACUGCAGCGCUGAAAAUCUGAAAACGCUCAGAGAAAUGAUCAAAAGCUGCCAAGUGUGGUGACCAAGAGAAUCUGUGCCACAGUUGUGACACACAAUGAUCACUGUUGUGAAUCUGUUUUUGUUACCUUUCUAUUUAUGUAUAGAUUUCUGACAUCUAUGUAAGAUCAAGUCCUUUUAUUAUUACUUGAAUAAAUUCAUGUUUUUUUCAUUAA